GUAUGUAAAUAGUUCUAACGCGUUAAUUUUCUCUGUUUACAAUAUUAAAAAAAUUCUAGCGUCAAAUUUUUGAUCCCACGUUUGAUACUUUCAGUCUGGCGAUACCCUAGUUGGUCUCGACUUGACUUUACUAUGUCGUUAGCUGUCGAGUUCGAGUGUCGAGAGGUGUAGAGUAGACUACAAAGAGGAACGGUUCAUCAGGUUCUCAUUAUGUAUGAUGCGGUAUUAAAUCAUUAUUUCUUUAUAGAAUCGUGCCCGUUCGCUUAUACUUAGUUAUCGCCAUUACCGCGUGCGAUGAUCUCAACGUCGUCGUGUUCAUCAAAACGAAAACGAAAGUGAUUUUACUGAUUUUUUUUCGAGCGAUUGGUUGAAUUUUCGACAGCUUUAACAUCAUUUCGCGGAUAUACAGUUCAAUUUUUUUGAAAGUGUAAUUGUGAGUAAAUGUAAAUGGGCUCCUGUUGAUUCGAAACGUGUGCAUGUUGUUAUAUUUUGAUAUAUUUUUUUGUGAAAAUGAAGGAUAAAGAAAUUUUGACGAUAUUUUUAACGCUGAUAUUAGCCGUGGUCAAUUUCGCGACAGCUAAUUACAAUUACGAUCACGUUCUGCAUUUAUCUUUGCUAUUUUACGAAGCCCAGAGAUCCGGACAUUUGCCGUCGGAUAAUAGAAUACAAUGGAGAGGAGAUUCCGCUUUGUAUGACCGUGGGUUAAGGGGAGAGGAUCUUUCGGGCGGAUAUUACGAUGCUGGAGAUUUUGUUAAAUUUGGAUUCACGAUGGCAAGCACGACGACGAUAUUAGCAUGGGGAUGUUUAUCAUACAAACAAGCUUACGUCAAAGCCGGAGAAUGGAAAAACAUGCUAUCGGCUCUUCAAUGGGCUUCGGAUUACUUCAUCAAAUGCCACGUCAGCGAUUACGAAUUUUAUGGUCAAGUUGGCGAUUUCACUUUAGAUCAUAAAUUUUGGGGCCGAGCUGAAGAUCUAAAUAUGUCCAGACCAGCAUUCAAAAUAGAUGCCCAACAUCCAGGUUCCGAUUUGGCUGGAGAAGCAGCCGCAGCUUUAGCAGCUAUUUCAAUGGUGUAUAAAGAAGUUGACACGCAAUACUCAUCGUUAUGUUUGACGCACGCUAAGAAAUUGUAUAAAUUUGCUACUCAGUACAGAGGGUUGUAUCAUGAAGCUAUCAAAGGAGCUGCUCAAUAUUACGAAUCGACGGAUUACGGAGACGAACUAACUUGGGCAGCUGCUUGGUUAUUCAAAGCUACAAACGAGGCCCAAUAUUUGGAGGAAGCUGAACACCAUUAUGAAAAUUUCAGGUUACGAGAAAGACCGAACGAAUUCUUCUAUAAUAAAAAAGUAGCCGGAGUCCAAGUAUUAUUAGCGCAAUUAACGAAUCAAUCUGAAUACGUCGAAGCAGCCCGUUCAUUUUGCGAUUUCAGCGUUCAUAGGCAAACCAGAACACCUAAAGGAUUACUCUACAUCGAGAAAUUCGGUACAUUAUGCCACGCUGCGAAUAUUGCUUUCAUUUGCUUACAAGCUACUACGUCAGGAAUAUCGCCAAAAGAAUCAAAAGAAUACGUAGAUUUUGCCAAACAACAGAUUAAUUACAUGUUAGGAGAUGCUGGCCGAAGUUACGUAGUCGGUUUCGGCGAAAAUUAUCCAAAACAACCGUACCAUGCGGCGAGUUCGUGUCCUAAUAGACCGGAGCCCUGUGGCUGGGAGGCGUUUCGUCGGAAUGGCUCGAAUCCUCAGCUUUUACACGGGGCAUUAGUAAGUGGCCCUGAUGAAAACGAUUAUUACAUGGAUAAAAGAGAAGAAUACAUUUAUAACGAAGUAACGCUAGAUUACAAUGCUGGAUUCCAAUCAGCGGUUGCUGGUCUAAGGCAACUGCAGAUACUAGAGCACGCCAAAUUACAAAAGCAAAAGGAGGCUGAGGCAGCUCAACGUCAAUCCAAUCAGAUCACCUUAAUUGGUAAAACGUAUAUUUAACACGAUGCAUAUUAAUUUCGGGGGGUUGAAAAUUACAAAUGUAUCUGAAAUGGAAAAUCAAAUGUGCCAUGUGAUAAGUAUUCGUGUAUGAGAGUGUACGUAAAAUGCUGUGAUUCGUGUCGGCUAAAAACAUCGCAUUUUUUUUCCUUUUGUUUUCUCGCGUAUCGUAUUAAUUUGUGAGAAUAACCAUUUGUUGAGCAUAAGGCUUCGAUAAUUAUUGACGAUAGCCUUUAGUUGAGUUUGAUGUAAUUUUUUUUCUCAUUUAUCGUAGAUAUUUUAAAUUUAAAAAGACUAAAUAUUAAAUUGCAUUUUUUUUUACAUGCGGUAUAGGUAAAUGUUAAUUGGUAAUUUAAGCGUCGAAACAUUACUGCUGUUUUGAUGGUACCUAAUACCUAUAUUAUAUAAGUAUCUUUCUUCUUUUAUGUAUUUUGUAAUGUUGCGUUUUUUCUUUUUUUCAUUAUCAAUGCAUUUACUUAAUUUUUAUUUUUUUAACUCAUUUGACUCGUUUGAAAAAAAUGCAAAAGAAAGGUGUUGAAAUGCCUCACUUCUCAUUUGUAAAAAUUAAAAAUAUAUUCUGAAGCGUAAUGUAUGUGUAGAAAACUGUUCCUUCAAGUAAAAUGUGAUAUAAGUGUUGAGAAUAUUUUAGUGUUUAAGUUGAUUACAUUUUUGUUUAAUUAAUUUUUUACGACAAUAGAGAGAAAAUAAAAUUUGUUUCUAAUA